AUGGAAGAAAUCUCGGACUUUCCACAGUAUCUCAAAGCCUCCAAUGCGGACGGGACACAUAUUCUCGAAGCAACCGCGCCAUGGUGCAGCCAAUGCAAAGCCAUUGCUCCGUUCGUAGAGAAGCUCACCAAGAAGUAUCCGGAAGCUCGAUUUUACAAUUACAACACCGAUACUGCGCUGCAGAUUGCACAAGAGCUUGGAGCGAAUCAGAUGCCAACUUUCCAUAUCUUCAAGGAUGGAGAGCUGAAGGAUUCCAUUACUGGUGCGCAUGGGAAGAAGCUGGAGGAAGCAGUUGCGAAGAAUUAUGACGGCCGGGUAGAGGAUGUGGAGUAG